CACACACCAACCAUUUGACAAAGACUGCGUAAGUAGUAAGAGAUAAUGCCGAAAACGGCGUCGCUGUGGUCCUAAACUUGGGUUGUUGUCGUGUCCAUGACGGAGCAGAAAGAAAGGGUGUGUGAGAAAACCGACAGCAUAGAGUAGUAGAAUGAUAACGAAAACGAAAAAACAAACAGCGUCAUCUCCUUCUUCUUCUUCACUCUCUCAUUCAGUUAGAUCUUUUCAUCUCUUCAUUCACCUUCAUCCGUGAUCUUCCGCUUUCUUACUUGUUUUUUCUAACUUGAAGCCUUGGAGAGGCACUGCUGCGCAAGAGGGUUUUCAGUUUCUGUAUUAUAUAUUCCCCGUCCUUUUGAACUACUUGUAUGAUUUGGUGAGCGCAUGUCCAAAACCCAAAACUCUGUAACGGGUUUUGUGAAAUUUGCGUCCCUCUUUUAUGCAGGUAAGUAUGAAGAAAGAAUAGAUAAACGAUGGCAGGAGCUGAAGCAAGGGCUCUGUGGCAGAGAACUGCAAAUCGUUGCUUUGUCCAAGAAGAUGCGAAGAGAGCUCCCAAGUUGGCUUGUUGCCAAUCUUCAUGUGCCACAUCAAAAGUGGUUGAUAUUGAGCCUGCCAGUACAGCAGAUGAAUCUGAUCAUACUGCAGUUAAUGUUACCCAUUUUAACAGGAAAUCAUCAGUUUCUAAUCUAUCACCAGACUCUAGGUGGUGGUUGCAUUUGCAGCCUAAUUAUGGGUGUCAAAAGGGUCUAACAUAUGAACAGUUAAAUGCAUUAGAUGAAGAGGUAGAAACUUUGAUAGCUAGUGAUGUAAGUAAGAAUUCUCAAGAAUUUCAGGAAUUAAUGAAUGUGAUGGCAAAACAUGAGAUAGAGAACAUUGAAUGUGUUGGCUGCUCAGAAUCCUCCAAGAAAAGUAAUGAAUUUUCAUUGGAAUCAGAUUAUUCUUGGAUUGAAAGUGGUAAAGCCGAGCCAUGGUGGCGGACUACAGAUAGGGAUGAAUUAGCUUCGUUUGUUUCACAGAAAUCACUCAACCACAUUGAAAAUUGUGAUCUUCCCCCACCACAGAAGAAGCAUCUUAGAGGAUACCCAUGUGCACGCAUGAAUAAUUGCAAAACAAGGACGGGAAGUUUAGAUUCAGGAUUGAUGCAUAAGAACCAAGGGCCUUCUGCCCGUGAAGGGCUUUUAUAUUUUGCUUCUGAUAAAUGUUCAAGUGAUACCCCCAAGCAUGAGGAUUCAAAAAGGAGUGAACAGAUUUUCGAUGAAAAUCCCAGCAAAGCUCAACUAAUGGAAGCAUUGUGUCACUCUCAAACACGUGCAAGGGAAGCAGAGGAAGCGGCAAAAAAGGCCUACGCAGAGAAAGAGCAUAUUGUUACUCUCAUUUUUAAACAGGCCUCACAACUUUUUGCCUAUAAGCAAUGGUUACAAUUGCUGCAGCUGGAAACACUUUGCAGUCAGAUUAAGAACAAGGAUCAGCCAAUCUCUUCUCUCUUUCCAGCGGCUCUUCCAUGGAUGUCCUAUGAAGGUAAAAUCUCACGGAAGAGGAAACAGAAAAUAUACAAUGCCAAACAAGAAAGGCAAGUCAAUGCAAAAUGUGAUAUUACAACAUAUGCUGUUGCCUUUGCUUUAGGAUUGAGUCUUGUAGGAGCUGGCUUGCUUUUGGGAUGGACAAUGGGUUGGAUGUUGCCUCGUUCAUAAUUCUGAAAGAUUUGAUCGUAGUCCUGCUUGACAUAUAGAUUGAUGAACAAAGGCAAUUUGGUUAACAGGGAGUGUGGCUACAAUUAUUUUACCGGAUAUGUAUGUAAUUUUGUAGAUUUGUAGUGCUUCUUCUAUUGUAAAUUCUAAGUUGUGCUUUGGUAUUGAAUCUGUUUUGUUAAUGAGAUGAUGUACAUAAAUCUUUGCGUAGAUAAUGUGAAAGAGCUAUUUUUCUUUAGACA